UGCAUGUGAUCGGCGCUGAGCCAGAAAGUUCUGUCUGCAUAGACUUUUGGGGGAGGACUGCAGCUUCACCUCACUCACUCCCGUUAUCAACAAAUUGAAGCAGCUACCUACCUUGUUUAUCCUUCGUUCCAAUUCAACAAGGUUUCGCAGCUCCAGCCGUCAUCCGAGCAGAUCAGCCCAGCCCAGCCCAGCACAGCCGCCCUCUACUAGUAGCACCACGUACCAAGGGAGUCUUUCCCCAAUAAAUCCACCAGCCCGUCCGACCAACCCGACGCACCCUGCCCAACCAUCAACAUCCACGCGCCCCUCGCUGGGCCUCGCGACCACGACGCCUUCCCAUCGCAUCGCAUCGCAUCGCAUCGCAUCGCAUCGCAUCGCAUCGCACCGAACGUCCCCCCGCGAAUUCGAAGAUGGAGUCUCAGCCUGAGCAGCAGCCAGCGCAGGCGGACGCACACGACAAAGGCGCGCUGGCGACUAGUACUACCCCGCACAAUAAUGACAACACCGCGAACAGCAAGGCCACGCCCAAGACCAAGCCAAAGCCCAAGAAGCCCGAAAAGGAGCUCUAUCCCAUGGUCAACUGGAAGUACGACCUCUUCCUCUACAUCAUCGGCAACCUCGUCGACACCUUCUUCCGCGAGGUCGUCCCCCGCGGCUCCUGGCGCGUGCCCCAGUCCGGCCCCGUCCUCUUCGUCGCCGCCCCCCACGCCAACCAGUUCGUCGACGCCCUCCUGCUCCAGCGUGUCCUGCGCCAGGAGGCCAACCGCCGCGUUUCCCUCCUCAUCGCCCAAAAGUCCGUCCAUGGCUUCAUCGGCUGGGGCUCGCGCCAGGUCGGUGCCGUCCCUGUCGGGCGCGCCCAGGACGCCGCCAAGCCCGCCACCGGCCGCAUCUACCUCCCCGACCCCAUCAACGACCCGACCCUCGUCCGCGGCGUCGGCACCAAGUUUGGCCAGGGCGAGGGCGAGGUCCAGGGCAUGCUCUUCCUGCCCUCGGGCAAGAAGACGACGGGCGCCAACGUCGACAUUGCUCAGAUCCUCAGCCCCGAGGAGGUCCGCAUCAAGCGGCCCUUUAAGGGCAAGCUGGCCAUGGAGCAGCUGACCGGCCGCGACGACAUUGACGAGGACGGCAACUUUACCGACAAGCACCGCAAGGGCUGCGCCGACGGCUUCCAAGGCACAAAGUUCAAGCUGGCCCCGCACACGGACCAGACAAAGGUCUACGAGGCCGUCUUUGCGCGCCUCCGCAGCGGCGGCUGCGUGGGCAUCUUCCCCGAAGGCGGCAGCCACGAUCGCACCGAGCUGCUGCCCCUCAAGGCCGGCGUCGCCAUCAUGGCCCUCGGCACCCUCGCCGAGUCCCCCGACUGCGGCCUCAAGAUUGUGCCCGUCGGCAUGAACUACUUUCACGCCCACAAGUUCCGCUCGCGCGCCGUCAUUGAGUUUGGCACCCCCGUCGAGAUCCCCAAGUACGUCGUCGACCAGUACCGCAACAACAACCGCCGCGAGGCCAUUGGCCAGGUCCUCGACACCGUCUACCAGGCCCUGAACUCGGUCACCGUCUCGGCGCCCGACUACGACACGCUCAUGAUGAUCCAGGCCGCGCGCCGCCUCUACAACCCGACGGGCAAGAAGCUGCCCCUGCCCGUCGUCAUCGAGAUGAACAGGCGCCUCUGCAAGGGCUACGAAAAAUACAAGGACGACGCCCGCAUCGCCAAGCUCUCCAAGGACGUCAAGACCUAUAACCAGCAGCUACGCUACCUCAACCUCAAGGACCACCAGGUCCAGUACGCCCGCAUGUCCAUCUUCAAGGUCAUCUUCCUCACCAUCUACCGCUCCAUCAAGCUGCUGCUCCUCUUCCUCGCCACCGUCCCCGGCCUCACGCUCUUCGCGCCCGUCUUCAUCGCCACCAAGAUCAUCAGCCGCCAAAAGGCCAAGGCCGCCCUGGCCGGAUCCACCGUCAAGAUCCAGGGCCGCGAUGUCAUGGCCACGUGGAAGAUCCUCGUCGCCCUCGGCUUCGCCCCCACGCUCUACCACUUCUACUCCAUCCUCAUCGUCGCCAAGGUCUGGCACGACCGCCUCUGGGGUUACGUCCCGCCCUGGGUGCCCCUCUGGCUCGUCUACUGCCUCGUCUGGCCCGCCAUGGUCGGCAUCACCUUUGCCGCCCUGCGCUUCGGCGAGGUCGGCAUGGACAUUUUCAAGUCGCUGCGGCCCCUCGUCCUCUGUCUCUCACCCAUGUCCGGCUACAACAUUCACCGCCUACGGAAUCGCCGCGCCGAGCUGAGCUCCGAGGUCACGGAGCUGAUCAACACUCUCGGCCCGGAGAUGUUCCCCGACUUUGACAAGACGCGCCUCGUGCCCGGUCCGCUCAAGGUGGAGGAAGGCGGCGCACCGGCGAGCAGCAGCGGUCACCGCCGGCAGGACAGCGACCAGUCCAGCCAGGGCGGCUUCGAGAUCGAGACACCGCCCGCACUGUCGCGACGCGCCACCACACAAUCCAGCCGCCAACUGCCCCGGCACGACUCGUUCAGCAACAUUGGCCACGUGGGCAUCUUCUCCACGCGGCCGCCGUCGCGGUCCCGCAGUCGCUCGCGCUCCAGCAGCAGCGGGGGCGGCUUUGGCUCGAGUGGCUUCCCCAUUAUGGGCUUUACGAGUCUAGAUUCCAAGGAGGGCUUUGACGAGGCGAGUCGCAAGAUUCGCGCGGCCAUGAAGGACAGGCGGCGGCGGUCCGACAGGGUCCGAAAGAUGGAAACGGGGCCUGAGGAUGACGACGAGGACGAGGACAGUGAGGAGGAGGGCUACGAUGAGGCACGCAAAAAGAACAUGUAAUUGAACGUGAGCUAGUACGGGACGAUAUGGAGUCAUAAUGAAUAUGAUGCAUACGUACCUUAGGUACAACGCCAGAUUGCUGCUCGACUGACGUAGUGCCCGCGCAGAGCCGCAGAUGCAUGUGGGCGCGCAUACGGUCCCGAGAAUGAAGUCGUGACCGAUGAGCGACACCCGAGGGAAUGCGCUGCAUCUGCAGGAAGGAAUC